GUCAGGAACGGAGUGAGACUCGUGCAGAGGAAGUUCGCGCAAGGUGUACCCAUUCCGGCGAGCAGCAUCAGCGUCGCGCCCACGCCGCCGGAGCGCAAGCCGGACCCACCUUACCCUCCCAAGAAUGUCUAUCACAACAAUAUGUCCGCAAGGAGCCUGCUUGACAUAGUGUCUAUGCAAAGCAUACACAAACACAAGCAAGAACCACUAGUGAUUCUAGAGCGUCUCCGAGACGACGAGAUACCCUCGCCGCCCGUGCCCGUGCCGAACGGGCGGUGCGGCCGACCAAGGAUCCGGGUGCCCUUGAGACGGCGGAAAGUCAAGGGCAACAAGGGCAACAUGUGCCUGAGGUCGGGGAAACGGAAGUCCACCGAAGCUGGCAAGGGACCGAUCAAGAAACGAAAGAAGCUGUCCUCGGAGUCCACGGACGACAUACCGCUCGUGUACUACUUCAACAACAGGCCUGCCAAGCCGCGUAAUGGACAACUUAGACAGAAGAACAUCACAAGUAUGUUGACAGCUUAUUCUCCUAAGGCACAAAGGUUUAAGGAAUGA